AUGGAUGUGCGAUCUGUGUUGAUCCACGGUAACUUGGAAGAAGCUGUUAAAUGGUUAUGGAAGAAUGGCGAAAUAAUGAGCUUGAAUAAGAAAUGGAAACAAAUCCUUGACGGUUGCAAUAAGUGCGCUCCACGGCAAAUAUCGCUCGACGGUAUGCGGCAGGACCUCUUGGUGAUUUUACAGCUUGGGUUUGCAUUUUUCACCGUAUUUUCGGCUUUCAACUCUCAGGGCUUCGUUGAGAUUUCAGUGCUAAGAGGGAUCUCUCAGCAUGAUCCCUCUUCUGGCAUCACAUCGAAUAGCGGUUAUUACAGUCUUGCCAUCAUCUACUUUGUUUUCACUUUUUGCAACCUCAUUGCGCCUCCGAUCAUCAGUGUUCUCGGCGCAAAAUGGGCUCAGGUUCUGGGAGCGGUGUGCUACACUUCUUUCAUGAUUCAGUUCUUAUUUGUUAACAUGUGGUCCCUGUAUAUCUUCUCUGCUGUGUUAGGCUUUGGUGCUGCAGUGAUUUGGACCGCAAAUGGAGCGUAUCUUGUCCAGUUUUCAAGGGCUGGAAAGAUGGCUAGAAAUAGUGGAAUUCUCUGGGCGAUGCUUCAGUCGUCGCUUGUUGCCGGAGCGAUUUUCCUCUUUUUUGUUCUUAGCCACGGAGAUUUGUUCUCUUCCUAUCGUCUUCUGUACACCGCAUUUGCCAUUGUUUCCUGUAUUGGUAUAAUUACCUUAUGUCUUCUUCCUGCUUCGCCCCCAUUGAAUUUAGAUGAAAGCCUCGAAGAUCCACUUUUUGAUGACCCAGACGAGUUGGAUGUUUCAGCUCCAAUCGUCCCUCAAGAUCCAAGAAGCUGGCAACAGGAAUUCAAACACACAUUUUCUCUUCUUCGCACAAAGAACAUGGUAUUGCUGUCGGUUUGCUUCCUGUACAGUGGAAUCGAGAUCACAUAUUACAGUGGAGUCUAUACCGCUUGUUUGUCUGCUGCUACUGCGCUCAAUGCUGGAUCUGAGAGAAUCAUCUCAUAUGCUGUACUAGCUAUGGGUAUUGGACAAAUCACUGGAGGACUACUCUUCGGGGUGUUCCCCCGUAGUAAUAAACUGAAUCGCUCCCAAAUUGUUAUUAUUGGUAUGGUUUUGCAUAUCAUCGCUUUCUUUUUGUCCUUCUUGAAUCUGCCAAUGGAGGCUCCGCUGCAUAAAACCUCAGCCUGGGGAUAUAUUGCGCCAAGCAUAUUCGUUGCUAUCCUGACUGCUUAUUUCCUCGGUUUGGGUGAUUCGUGUUGGAACACUCAAAUUUAUACACUUAUUGGAGCAAUGUACAAGGAUGAAUCAUCGUGUGCUUUUGCGCUUUUCAAAUUCUUCCAGUCACUGGCGGCCUGCGUCUCGUUCUACUAUAGCUCCAUACUGCUUCUCCAUUGGCAGCUCUUAGCUCUAUGCUUUGGCGCUGCUACCGCUGCUGUCUGCUUUUUUACGGUAGCGAACAAAGCCGAAUCCCCUGAACCCAUUGAGUGA